AGCCACUUGACCCUCAUUCUACCACACAGCCCUCAGCGACCCAACAUUUGUGCACCAUCCAAACCUCAGAGGCCCAGUCAUGAGUAAGUCCUAUUCAGCUUCUGCCGAGACGGCUUCCUCCUACCGCCGUACCUUUGGCUCUGGUUUGGGCUCCUCCAUUUUCAAUGGCCGUGGUUCCGCUGGGUCCUCUCGUUUGUCAUCCAGAGUUUAUGAGGUGUCCAAGACCUCUUCGGCUCCCAUUUACUCCAGCCACCGCGCUUCCAGCUCCUCCUACGGUGGAGGCUCAAAGGUCCGUUCCUAUGCCGGCCUUGGUGAGAAGCUGGACUUCAAUCUGGCCGAUGCCAUGAACCAGGAUUUUCUCAAUACACGCACAAAUGAGAAGGUAGAGCUUCAACAUCUGAACGAUCGCUUUGCCAGCUACAUUGAGAAGGUGCGCUUCCUAGAGCAGCAGAACCAGGCAUUGAUGGUGGAGAUUGAACGUGUGAGGGGCCGAGAGCCUACACGUAUCGCAGAGAUUUAUGAGGAGGAGAUGAGAGAGCUACGCAGACAGGUGGAUGCACUGACCAAUCAGAGAUCUCAUGUUGAGAUAGAGAGGGACAACCUGGCCGAUGACCUCCAAAAACUAAAACUGAGACUUCAGGAGGAGAUCCACCAGAAAGAGACAGCUGAGAACAACCUCUCUGCUUUUAGAGCUGAUGUAGAUGCUGCCACUCUGUCCAGGCUGGACCUGGAAAGACGCAUUGAGAGCCUCCAGGAAGAGAUUGCAUUCCUCAAGAAGAUCCAUGAGGAGGAAAUCCAUGAGCUGCAAAACCAGAUGCAGGAGACUCAGGUGCAGGUCCAAAUGGACAUGUCCAAGCCAGACCUGACUGCUGCCCUGAGGGACAUCCGCAUGCAGUACGAGGCGAUUGCUGCCAAGAAUAUCCAAGAGGCGGAGGAAUGGUAUAAAUCCAAGGUGUCAGAUCUGAGCCAGGCAGUAAACAAGAAUAAUGAUGCUCUGAGACAGGCCAAGCAGGAUUCCAUGGAGUUCCGUCACCAGAUCCAGUCCUACACUUGCGAGAUCGACUCUCUCAAGGGCACCAAUGAGUCUCUGAUGAGGCAGAUGAGGGAGAUGGAAGAAAGGAUGGGUAACGAGGCUGGUGGUUUCCAGGACACCAUUGCCCGCCUGGAGGGUGAGAUCGCUAAAAUGAAGGAUGAGAUGGCUCGCCAUCUGCGUGAGUACCAGGACCUGCUGAAUGUAAAGAUGGCACUUGAUGUGGAGAUCGCCACCUACAGGAAGCUUCUGGAAGGAGAAGAGAGCAGGAUUUCUCUACCUGUGCCAUCAUUUUCAAGCAUUAGUUUCAGAGAGACCAACCCAGACAAGCAGCACUACCAGCCACAGCGCCCAUCUGAGGUCCACUCUAAGAAAACAGUUUUGAUCAAGACCAUUGAGACCCGUGAUGGCGAGGUCGUCAGUGAGUCCACACAGCACCAGCAGGACAUCAUGUAAACUCCUUGAAGCAUAUGGAAUUUCAUCAAAUCUCUAAACCUAGCUUACAUUUUUACUGAUGGCCUUAUAGGUUUUCUAUACACACUAAGAAUUGUCAUGACCCAUUACAACAGUAUUUGUGGAUGAACACAAUGACAAAAGGCAAGUGAGCAAAAGAACAAGAGCGAGAGAGAGAGAGAGAGAGAGAGAGGGUGGGGUGGUCAUACCUGUAACACACAUGCUGUGAGGAGUGUCCUGAAGAAAUCAGUUGAUCUCAAAGUUUCAGUUUGUAUACAUGUACGUGUGCACAUCUGGUUGGGUCUGAUUUGACAAAUUGUGUUCCACCACUACAAAAAAUUUAUUAAUAAAGAUUCACUGUUGUUUCCUCCUAAAAAUUGAAUUAAAGGUUUCUGUGCUUUAGGGUUCAGACUCAUCAUACAUUUGCCAACAAUAAUUAGAGAUAUAUUUUUUCAGAAGUCAGAAUGACUAAAUGUAAUGCCUUUGAAAAUAAAAGUCAAAAUGCAUAUACUGCACAUAUUAAUAAACACAUGUUGAGUGAA